GACAGACUGCUAGAGAUCCUGCCCUGGGAGAUCCGGGCGACCCUCGAGGACGUCCCGGAUAGCGAGCUGACGGUCGAGCUCAUACUGAAGAGGAUGGGCCUCAAGUCCGGUGAGCGCGAGGACGACGACCUCUACCGGACGGGCAGCGAGGCCAUGCAGGACACGGAGAGGAAGAAGGAUGAGGACCUGCACACCUUCGCAGAGCGACGCCGACGCCAAUUUGACAAGGCGAAGAGCAUCGGGAUGGAGAUCCCACAGAAGAUCCAGGGCAUGCUGCUGAUGCAAGGAGCUCGUCUCAACGAGCAGGGCAGACAGAACCUCAAGAGCCUGACGAAGGGCUCGAUGCUAGGCGAGGACAUCCUCUGGGCGCUGCCCAAGCUGGACACCGGAGGAAAGAUCUGGAGCGACGGCAAGCAAUCAUCACUAUUGAGUAUGGGACCGGAGGAGGCACUGCCAACUCCCGAGGUCCAGCGGGCAGAGACCGGGCCGGUCGAGGAGCCGAUCUACGAGUGGUCGUACUGGGCCGACGAGCUGGACUCGGAGGACGAGGCCAUGGUUCUCGUCGAGCUCUCCGAGAAGGGCCUCGCGGAGCCAGAGGUGGUCGAGACCUUGGCACAGAUCGGCAAGACCAAGAAGACGUGGAAGGAGAACCAGCAGCUGAAGACUGCGCUCAAGCGGGAUCGGGGCUUCUGGAAGAAGAAGCGCCGGCUCACCCCAACACAGCUGAAGUUGAUCACGAAGUGCGGCAACUGUGGAGAAGUAGGGCACUGGCACAAAGAGUGCAAGAAUCCUCAUCGUCCCAGAGAGCGAGAUGGCAAGGGCAAAUCUCGGUCUGGAGGGGCCGAGAUCGAGGCCUUCACGUUCACAGCGAUCGGCGCGGGCGACGACCAGGACUUCAACAUCGACGGCAUCACGGUCCUGGGCAGGGAGGUGCUGGCGACCCUCAGGGAGAUCGUCAGCUCGGAGACUACGGAGCUCUCGCUGCUGAUUCUCGAGGGCGGCCUGAUCAUCGUGGACAGCGGUGCCUCUCAGGCGAUCAUAGGCCGCCGGGCUUUGAAGGAGCUCGAGGGAGAUCUGCAGCAACGAGGCCUGCGGAUCAACUGGAUCGAGAAGAGCGUCCAGACACCUCGGGGUAUCGGCGGAUCGGCCACGCUGGUCGGAGUCGCCGUGGUGCCCAUCUCCAUCGGUGGCAAGAGCGGGACCAUCGAGUUCGUGGUGACGAAGGAGGACCUGCCGCCACUCUUACCAGGCGGGUUUCUCGAGCAGUUCGGCGCAGUGCUGGACUACGAGAAGGAACUUCUCAUUCUGAAGAAGUUGGACUGUGA